UUAUUAACAUCUUUUUGAACGUCUCGAACUCAACCCUCUCUCCCUCUCUCUGCGGCCAUUGUUUCUCUCAGCAGGCGACAAGAACGAGGGGAAUGUCCGGUCAGAUUUGUCAUCGGAGGGAUUGAAGCCGCUUCGCCGCGUUUCUGCGGUUGUCGUUGGGAAAGUUCGCAUUUUGGCUCUCUCUCUCUCUCUCUCUCUCUCUCUCUCUCUCUCUCUGUGGUACCUUUGCCAUUGCCACUCUCUUGAUUCAAUGUGAUAGUGUAGUCUUUCGCAAUCAUGUCGGGGUGUUUUGCUUGAAAGUCUCUUUCUUGGGGAGUGUCCACACCUAAUUUCACUGUGGCAUUCAGUUCGAGUCAGUUUAGACUUUGGAGCCCAUUUGAGUCGCUUAAUUUCCCCCAGCAAAGAGAACAAGAUGUCGUCUUUGAAUCCGAAUGAGCCGUUGAUCCAACAGUCCUCUUCUAGGAAGCUCCCUGAUUUCAAGAAAUCAGUGAAACUCAAGUACGUGAAGCUCGGAUAUCAUUAUCUCGUAACCCAUGGAAUGUACCUCUUUUUGACCCCUCUCAUUGUUGUCAUUGCUGCACAACUCUCCACAUUCUCGAUCCGGGAUCUCUAUGACCUUUGGGAUCAUCUGCGGUUCAAUCUCAUCUCGGUGAUCCUAUGUUCGACCCUUCUUGUGUUCCUGUCUACCCUUUACUUCCUCACACGCCCUCAACCUGUUUAUCUAGUCGAUUUCUCUUGUUAUAAGCCGGACAGGGAAAGGAAAUGCUCUAGGCAGAUUUUCAUGGAGAGAUCGCAAUUGACGGGUACAUUCACUGAAGAGAAUCUUGAGUUUCAAAGGAAGAUUCUUGAGAGGUCGGGACUAGGGGAGUCAACUUAUCUCCCAGAGGCUGUUAUAAGAGUACCUCCGAACCCCUGUAUGGCAGAAGCAAGAAAGGAGGCCGAGAUGGUAAUGUUUGGCGCGCUUGAUCAACUGUUUGAGAAGACAUCUUUGAAACCAAAAGACAUUGGGAUCCUCAUUGUCAAUUGUAGCUUGUUCAACCCAACCCCAUCUCUAUCUGCAAUGGUCAUCAAUCAUUACAAGUUGAGAGGGAAUAUCAUCAGCUAUAACCUUGGUGGAAUGGGAUGUAGCGCUGGUUUGAUCUCGAUUGAUCUGGCCAAGGACCUCCUCCAAGUGCAUCCAAAUUCUUAUGCCUUGGUCAUCAGCAUGGAGAACAUUACUCUAAACUGGUACUUUGGAAAUGAGAGAUCAAUGCUCGUGUCGAAUUGCUUAUUCAGGAUGGGAGGAGCUGCAAUUUUGCUAUCCAACAAAAGAUCCGACUGCUGGCGCUCCAAGUACAAAUUGGUGCAUACUGUUCGGACCCACAAAGGCGCAGACGAUAAGUGCUUCUCUUGUGUAACUCAAAAGGAGGAUCCUACAGGAAGGAUCGGAGUUGCGCUAUCCAAGGAUUUGAUGGCAGUGGCAGGAGACGCCCUCAAGACAAACAUUACAACAUUGGGUCCUCUUGUGUUGCCUAUGUCGGAACAGUUGCUGUUCUUUGCGACUCUGGUUGGAAAGAAGCUUUUCAAGAUGAAAUUGAAGCCAUACAUCCCAGAUUUCAAACUGGCUUUCGAGCAUUUCUGUAUUCAUGCUGGAGGAAGAGCAGUGCUCGAUGAACUAGAGAAGAAUCUGCAGCUUUCAGAUUGGCACAUGGAACCUUCGAGAAUGACCCUUAACCGGUUCGGCAACACAUCGAGUAGCUCUCUUUGGUAUGAACUCGCUUACAGUGAAGCCAAAGGAAGGAUCAAGAAAGGGGACAGGACAUGGCAGAUAGCUUUCGGUUCGGGAUUUAAGUGCAACAGCGCUGUUUGGAAGGCCCUUCGCACCGUGAAUCCCGCGAAAGAGAAGAAUCCAUGGAUGGACGAGAUCCAUCAGUUUCCAGUGGAAGUCCCAAAGGUCUCAGCCAUCUAGAGUUCAAAAGGUAACUUGAUUUGUUUCUAGCCUAGUGUAAGUUUGCUAAUUUUCAGUAGUUAACUGGGAAAGAGUUUUGAGAUGCGAUUCUUUUAGCUUGAUAUUAGAGAGAUGGAAGUAGACUAUUGAACCCUCUGGACAUUGGAUGUUAUAGCUAGAGCUGGGCUCCAAGGGAAAUGUAUGGUGGCUUAGGAGUUUGAUUCUACUAUCCGUUGUUCAUUCCCUUUUAGUAUCUCUUACCAAUAUGUAUUUUGAACCUUCUAUGGAAUCCUGAAUGGUUGACUGAUCUUUAGGGCGUGAAAUGUUUCUU